GGUAAUGUGCCAGUAUAUUACAAAUAGUGAUAUUUAGGUGGUCUGAAUGAUUUGGGUCAGUUUGCCAAACAUUAAAACAUUAUUCUCUUUGCACAGGAGCUAAACAAACACUUUCUAACACACAUUAUCCUUGUGGGAUGCAAACCUAAACAGUCUAGACGUGGUUUAGCAAGUAUAUACUUUACUUAACUCCAAAUUUACAGGUUAAAGGCCUCUUUAGGGAUCAUCUGUCCCAAAGUAAAGCUUUUCCUGCUCAUUAUGCUGCAUUAAGAAAAUUGACAACUUAGAAAGCAAUGCUCUAGCAUGUUAUUUACAAUCUGUUAUUUACACAGGCAUUCCUGAUAAGAUUACCGCUGCGUUUAAGAAGUAUGAAAGGCUAACCCGCCCCUUACAGCCCCCCUCAGAGCUGCUGUACUCCAUACAGGGAAUUAUAAAGAGCUUGCUUGUGACCUGCCUCUCUUGGACUCCCUCUGUGUCUAAAGGCAGCAGGUUACUUAAUCGGUGUCUCAGCACUAUUUGAUUUGAUUGUUUCUGCCUCCAUGGACUGAUAACAACAUUUUUGGAAAAAUCACUGCUGCAGAGAGGGUCUCAUUCCUAUAUUGCUCCUAUUAUUUUCUCUGUCCCGCUCUCUCUUCAUCCUUUUCUCUUAUUUUCUUGCACUCAACGGCUGAAUGGAUAAAGCUGGGAUGCCUGAGACCUGCAGGCCCCUGGCAAGCCAUGAACAAAUCACCGAGGCAACAGCACCUAGUUCUAAACUCUUCCGCUGCAGCUGUUUGCGUCGCUGGGUUCCCCUGGCCUACAGAGAGGAGCUCUACCACGUCCUGCGCCUGUCCGGGCCCCUGCUCAUCUCCAGGAUCCUAAACUUCCUACUGCCAUUCGUCAUCACGAUAUUCUGCGGUCACCUAGGAAAUGCUGAAUUGGCUGGAUAUGCCUUGGCUUCUGCGACUGUUAAUGUGACCACAACAGCCACAGGAUGCGGUCUGGCCCUCGCAUGUGACACACUCGUCUCUCAGACAUUUGGCAGUAAGAACCUUAAGCGUGUGGGGGAGAUUCUCCAGAGAAGCAUUCUCAUCCUCUUACUCUUCUGCCUGCCAUGCUGGGCCAUACUCAUCAACGCUGAGUCAAUACUACUCUCCCUGAAGCAAGAGCCAGAGGUGGCCAGGAUUGCACAGCUGUAUGUUAUGGCUUUCCUUCCUGCUGUUCCUGCUAUGUUUCUGCACCAUCUUCAGGUGUCUUAUCUGCAAAACCAGGGCAUCAUCCUGCCACAGAUGUACACAGCAGUUGCUGCCAACGUUUUAAAUGUAGCAACAAACUACAUCCUUCUUCACUCAAUGAAACUGGGAGUGAUGGGCUCUGCUGCAGCUAACAGUAUUGCACAGAUCUCCAUCUGCCUCUUGCUGUUUGCUUAUAUACGCUGGAAAAAGCUGCAUAUGAACACAUGGGGUGGCUGGUCUACUGCAGCACUGCAGGAGUGGGGCUCUUACAUGAAACUGGCUAUUCCCAGCACUCUCAUGCUCUGUUUUGAGUGGUGGGUCUAUGAGAUCGGAGGUUUCCUUGCAGGAAUGCUGGGGGAGGUGGAUCUUGCCGCUCAACAUGUGUUGCUGGAGGUGGGGACAAUUACUUACAUGUUUCCAUUAGGUGUGCAUGCAGCCGCUUGUGUGCGUGUGGGAAAUGCACUGGGAGCUGGAGACACUAACAGGGCCCUGAUCACUAGUAAAGUGACUCUCUUGAUCUCAGGAGUUUUGGCUGUUAUGCAGGGAAUCGUGAUUGGUUCCUCGAAGUCAGUAGUGGGAUACAUCUUCACUUCUGAUGAGAGCAUAGUGAAAAUUGUCUCGGAAAUUCUCACCCUGUACGUUUUCCUGCAGUUUUUUGAUGCUCUCGUGUGUGUGUGUUCAGGGAUUCUUCUGGGUGCUGGGAAGCAGAAGAUAGCAGCACUGUCCAACUUGAUCUGUUACUACUGCAUUGGGUUACCAGUAGGAAUAUCACUGAUGUUUCUGGCUCAGCUCAGGAUACUUGGUCUGUGGCUUGGCCUCUUGAUUUGUGUCAUUAUUCAGACCUGUUUCUUCACCACUCUCAUCUUCAAGCUCAACUGGAAGAAAGUAACAGAGCGGGCUCAGAAACGUGCAGGCAAACAUGCAAAGGUAGUGUGUGUUCAAAAGGCACCAUCGAUUGGACAGUCAGUCCUUGAUACGCUGGUUUCUGAAGGGCAGGACAACGAUGAGCAAACACCUGAUACUGGAGCUUCAGCAAAUAUCCCUGAACCUUGGGAAGACAUAACUGGAAACAAAUCCCAGCUAACAAGUAAUAGACCUGAAGUGGCUGGCUAUGUCCAAGUUAGCACCCAAGAGCAGAGUAAACUAGUGAUGGUGAGUGAAUAUGGAGAAACCCAACCUAAAGCCUUGCUCUCUACGAACCAGCUUGUGCUCAGACGGGGACUUACGCUGUUGACCACUGUCCUGAUCCUGAUAGCUGGAGUCGCUGUGCACAUAGCUUGUCCUCUUCCAGAGCCUUUAAGUCCUCAUCAAAGCAAUCUAACAAUGGAUUCAAGAAAUUUUUCCACUUCUAACAUAUCCCUCAACACCACGUUGAGCUAACUCUAACUUGAUCCAUCUUAACAAGGUCUCAUUUCAAUAAAUUUGGGACCACGAGUGGGUCAAUCAGCCAAUACCACCAAAAUUAUAUUUGUCAGUGUUAUUUAAGAGAGAAAAAAAUGCAUCUCUGCCAGCUUUUCCAUCCAACCACAAAUAACAGUUGGAGGCUUACAAAAGAGUAUUUCUCUCAACGUACAUUAUGCAGUACUAUGGACUUCUACAAAUUUGGUACACACUCCAAACCCAGCUGCGUAGGUCAAAAUACAGCUGAGUGAGACUACUGAGUAGCACUUAUGUGCAGCAUAUUUCACUUCUUAGCAAACCAAAUUAAAAUUUUAUGCAUUAUUUUUAUAUAUCUGGUUAUAUGAAGCCAUUUAUAAGGUUGUAGUUUUCCUUGUAAAUGUAUUUAUCAUAACGAAGUAAAGCAUAAUAUUAUAUACUACUGAAACCUUUUUAUUUUUUUAUUUUUUUUAUUAUUAAAAAUUUUAAUAAGACAGAGUGCAAAAAAAUAUGCAUGCUUGUCACGUCAUAUCCAAACAUGGAGAAAAAUAGCUCCAGUGGUUGAAUAAUAUACACACACACACACACACACACAUUUGUUUUUGUGAAAAGUGGGGACAUCCCAUAGGCGUAAUAGUUUUUAUACUGUACAAACUGUAUGUGCUAUUGCCCUACACCAACCCUACACCUAACCCUACCCCUUACAGAAAACUGUGCUAUUUUAAAGUGUUUUGAAAAGCGGGGACAUGGGGUAACAUCCUGAAAAGUCACCUUCUCCUUGUAAUACCUAUGUCAUACCCUUGUCAUUAUACAGAUUUAUGUCCUCAUUUGUUACAAAAAUGUGCGCACACACACACACAUGCGUUUUUGUGACAAACGAGGACAUAAACUCUGCAGGACACAGGCCCUCCAGGAUCAAGUUUGGUGACCCCUGCUAAUUGGUGGAUAUUUGCCUGGUAAUUUGUUUUAGUAAGCAUAAUAUAAAGCACUAUAAUUACUGUAGUUUAGCUAGGAAGCUAGAAAUCGUUUUCUUAUUGUCGUAACUCAAGGACUCCAUGUAGCAUAACACACUAUAAUAAAAUAAUAUGGAUAUUUUGGCAGAAGGAUGAAGUAACAUUAAUUGUGCUCAUGUAACAGGGUCAAAAAGAACAUUUAAUGGUGGCUGUUAAUGGUAUUGCAGAUGUAGUAUUUUGUCCCUCUUCUCUUUCAGUACCGCGGUAGAUUUGAGUGUCACUGUUGUGGGUAUGUACGAUUUUGCACGCUCUAACGCCCGGGAGGGGCCAUCUUUGUUCACUUAGUUUUGUCAUGGCCACGAGAUAUUAAGUCGUGGAACGUGAUAAUAAGUCGUGGGAACGUGAUAUUAUGUCGUGGCCACGAGGUCAUUUUGUUGAGGUAAGGGCAUCCUUAUGUCGUGGCCUCGAAAUGCUAUGUUGAGGGAACGACAUAUUUUUCUCGUAGCCACGAGUUUAAUGCGUAAUAAACACACCUACGUGACCAUAGCAACCCGGGAUUAUCAGAGAUCAGGCCCGGAUUAACACAGGGUAGUGCCCUAGGGUGACCACAUUUGAAGACAUGAGACGUGCGGAUCCAUAUGCAGACUUUUAUUGACAAGAGACGUGGUCAUAACAGGCAGGGUCAAACAGUGGCAAACAGGUAUAACAUGGGCGAGACAAAGAGUAAACCGAGACAAGCGUGGGUCGACGAUCGGCGAACAGCAUCAAAGGGGCUAGACAGGAGAGGUAGUCCAAAACGUAAGCAAUAGUCCAGGCAGGGGAAAACACAAUCCGACAAAGGCAAGGCGAGGCGAGGCAAGGCAAGGCAAGACUAGGGAAACUAACUGGGCUCUGUAGGGCAGCGAUAAAUGCAUACAAUACUCGGCACUGACGGAAGGAAAGUCCAGGGUUAAAAUAAGGCAUGUGAUCAGUGUGUGUGUAGGAUCAGGUGUGCGUGUGAUUAGUGCAAUGAGUGACUGGUGACAGCUGUGAUCAGUAAUGGAUGAUGGGAAUUGGAGUCCAUUGUGAUGUGUGGUGUGAAAGUCAAUAUGAUGGCAGGGCGACCUCUUGUGGCAAUCAGACAGAAGAGCAGGCCCAGGACUCGUAACAGUUUUAAAUAUAAAAUUUUGAAUAUAGAACUAUUGUUUGAUUGAAAUGAUUUAAAUAACCGAAAGGACACUUUAAACAUAAAAAUAAAACUGCCAGUAGAUGGCGGCAAGUCACUGAUUUUUUUCACUGAAUCAUUCAUUCAACUGAUUCGUUUGAACAGGUGAUUCAUUCAGGAAUGAAGCAAGUGACUGUCUUUAUGAGUAGGUAAUUGAAUCACUGACUCACUAGACUGAUUUAAAAACGCAGGUUCAUUCAUAAAUGAAACACCGCUGUGUUUGAAUGAUGCACAGAGGCUCAGCGGUUCCUUGACUAAAUAGAGCAAAAUCAGGCAAUAUUGUUAAAAGUCAUACAAUGUACAUCACUUUACAUAACUUAUUGUUUAUUGAGCUGUUGUAUUAAUUUAAUAUCACAUUUACAAACUCCUUUAAUAAUAUUUAAAAGCUGUUACUCACUUCAGUUCAUCGCAAUCUCACGAAACUCCAUUAUAAUCAAUGAAGCGCUCUACACUGCACAACGAAUCUCUUAUUUACAGCGUCUACACUUUGUAUGUUAUAAUGGGAGGAUUUGUGAGCUUGCAUAACUCAGCAAUGAACAAAAGUAUUUUGAGCAGUGGGUGGAUUCUGAUUAACAUUGCAUUCAAGGAAUCAUGUCUGCGAUACAUUACUCAACGCUGCACAAACACGCAAGUAGAAAUCUUUGAAGCUCCUCUCAGCGAAAACACAAAUAGCCUGUGCUGAUCGGGUUAGUCAUACAGGUGCUCCUAAAUAUUUUUUGAUCGUCGCACACAGUAGCUACUUUUCAGUCGCGCUGUAUAGCCCUGGCAGUGUGUCGUGAUAUUUUCUCUCUUUUAAAAAAAAAAAAAAAAAUGUACGUUUCGCACAACCGCCAAAUUGAUGCUGCCUAUCCAUUUGAGAAUAAAUAUGCUCGACUCUGACUGGGGGGGAGGGGGCAAAUACACUGUGACCUGACCCAAUCGCAAUUCUUUAUAUGCGUGCAUAUAUUUGAUAUUCUCUCUGUAUAUUGUAUCAUUAACUGUUCAUUUUCUAUGCAUCUGUAUCUCUUCCAGCAAAAUAAUAUAUACAAAACAUGAAAAAAUAUUUUAAAGGUCUUGUCAUUAUCGUAAUCACUUGGUGCCCCCCUAUUGGCUGGUGCCCCAGGGCACUCGCCCAAUCCCGUCUAUGGAUAAUCCGGCCCAGUCAGAGAUGGAUAAAACCCCUGCUGAAAAAAACAAUAGAACCCUGCCCAAAACACAAUAGAAAA